AUGAUAAAUACUGCUGAAGAUGAAGAAAAAGAACAAAAAUCUUCAUCUUCAAUCUUAAAUAAAUCGACUCUUGACAUUCCAAAAUAUUGUCGUCCUAAUGUGAAUAAUACUUUACAAGAACAAGCUGAAAGUUUAUUGCCUUUUUAUACAUUCAAUGAAUUAACUCGACAUAAUGAUUCAAAUGAUGCAUGGAUUUGCAUAUUUGGUCAUAUAUAUGAUAUUACAUCACUUAUAAGAAAAGCUCAAGGCACUAAGUUAUAUCAACAAUUGAUUAGUUAUGUUGGCCAAGAUAUAAGUUUCUUAUUUGAUGAAAUAACACAUGAACCACGUAGACGAAUACAUCCACAAACAUUUGAAUCUGUUUCUGCGAUUGAAAAUCUAUCAAUACUUGAAUCAUUAGGUAUACCUUUUUGGCAAACAAAAGAUUUAUUUAUUGGUCGACUAACCGAAUAUCCUCGAUAUAUUCGUCUUAUACAUAAUUUUUCUCCUGAUCAUCCAUUUAUAUUAGAAAUAGCUGAAGAAGAAACAAUUGGACAAAUUGCAAUAAAGUUUUUAAAAUAUAAUUCACACAUAUUUUCUUAUAUAUGGCGAUAUAAUCAACAGAUACUUGAUUUUAAUAAAACUUUAACUGAAAAUGGUAUACCAAAUGAAGAAUUAUUUCAUGAUAAAUAUGGAUGGCGAUCAGAUAAUGAAAAUUGUUCAACAAUUGUACUUUGUUUCUCUGAUGAUUUAACGAUUGCUUAA